AUGACAACCACGAUGAUGAUAAUAACGGCAACAUCAAUGAUGGCAGUGAGUCCCAUGACAGCAAUGGUGCUCAUGACAACAAUGGUAACAGUGCUGACGACAGCGAUAGUGGCUGCAAAAACUCCUAUUUUGUGUGACAGGCAAAGGAGGAGAUGAGCACAAUAGUAGUGGCACUCAUGAUGGUGACAACAACAGUGAUGGUGACAAUAAUAGUGAUUGCAAACUCUUAUUUGGCAUGAUAAGUAGAGGAGGAGACAAGCACAGCAGUAGCAGCGACAAUGACGACAAUACGCUCUCAAUAGCAACAACAAUAGCUAUACUCUCAAGCUUCGAAUUUAAUGUUUUAGUGUCUGCACGUGUUUAGUUCUAUAUUUCUUUUUCUUUACAAAUGCUACAAAUAGUGGAUCUUGUGAGAUUUUCAACACUCAUCGAAUUUCAACACACUUACUAUGUAUUUUCUGUAGUUGUCAAUACAAUCUAGGGUUCCCUCCCAAACAUAGGUUUAGUGCUCUACUAGCAGCUUUCACCUUUGUCAUUUUCCACAAACUUAUAAUAUGUCUUAUAUCAUUUUUCCUUUUGUUCCUCUGAUUUUGAGUUUGUGAAAGAUCUAGACAAGUUUAUAGGUUUACUUUCCUCUUUCAUAGCUUUUUGUCUUUUUAGUCUCACCCAAAUAUUUCAUAGAAAAUACUCAUGCAUCGCAUAAUACUAAGUUUUCUUUGUAGAUCAACCCAAAUCCACUAUACGUUAUAAAUAUUUGAAAGCAUAUUUUUUAGAGAUUUGAUUUUAAUAAAUUUUAAAAUUGAUUACUUCUUAAAAUAAUGACUAGAAUAAGACCAGGUUGGCACACUAUAAAAGUGUGCAGAUCUAUUAUUAGUUAGAAGAGAGAAAAUUAUGAAGUACUUAUUAGGACAACACUUGAACACAUGGUAAAUGUGACUUGGCAUGUGACAUGUGUUAAUAAUUGAAGAAUUAAGUAAUAUGUGACAACAAUCCUACACAAGAUCAUUGUGAAAAGAGUCCAAAUCAAGAUGACAUACCAUUAACUUGGUAAGUGCAAAAUAGUCAAAAUGCUUGAGUCACAUGACAAAGUUUGACGAAUUAAGUGAUGGUAAUCAUAUGACAUAAUAUUUUGAGAAAUCAAAAUCAUUCUAACACAGUAUGAUGUUAAAGCUAGAUUUUUGUGUUUUAAUUAGUUUUAUUAUUUUAUUUUAUUUUAUUAACUUGUAGAAUAAAUAUAGGAUAUAUUGUAAUUUUAAAAGUUUGAAGUUAAAAUACUCAGCAUAAUUUUUUAUUAUUAAAAAAAAAUCUUUUGCCCACUAGCAAGCCGGCACUUGACAGCUCACUUGGAGGGGCACUACGAUCGAGUGGGUAGACCCAAACCAGGGGAGCCACGAGCUGCACUCAAAUGGCAAAAGCCUCACUCCACGCAAAUGUGUGUCAUUCCCCUUCCACCUCCUGAUGAUCGACCAAUCGUGGGGCAAGGAGCAUCUGUAUACACAUGCGCGCAUGAGGGCAAACCACCUUUUUGCCUUCUCCUAUGAUGGUCCUAGACAUUAUUUUAUUUUGGGAGAAGGGAUCUUUGUUGAGAAAGCGUAGCUUUGCUUUAUAUUCGGCACAUGCGUCUGAAAUAUAUCUAAUGUGGGACUAAAAAUUUUCAUUUGUUUCUGUGCAGCCAUCUAGAGCGGAGUGUGAUCUAACAGUACGCAGAGAGCCACGUCAUUAGAUUACCUAAAUCCUAUGGCUAGCGAACCCCCACGAUACUAGAUGUGUAAAGUGAUCCAUCAGCGGUUCGUGAAUCUGACGCCACUUAGUAUUCACGUGGCCUUAAAGGCUGAUCCAAUGGCUAAGGAGUCGUCAUAGUACUAGGAACUUAAGUUCCCAGUCUGUAGUGAUUCACGGUGGGUUGAUCUUGCAUUGCUUAGCACUCCACAUGACCAAGCAGAUAUGAUCCAGCGGCUCUCAAAGUGCCACGAUAUUGAGAACUUAAGUUCUCGCACAUAUCACCAUUAGAGAUAUAAAGACAAUAAUUGAUUAUUGACGUGACUCAGUCGUUGUAUAUUAAAUCACGCAAAUAUAAAACUAGAAAAUACGAAUUUUCAGAUAUUUAGAAGUAUUUCUGAAUAAAUAUAUCAAUUAUAAUUCAAUAAAACUUCCAAAAAUAGCGCUAAUUUUUCAGGUCGAUCACAGGGAUGUAAUAUAAUAUCUAGUAAUUAUUCAGAAAUUUUCUCAAUGAAUACGAUUUUCUAUGACUUUUAUACUAGGAAAUGAAAAGGAAAUAUAUUUAAAAUUCACGAAAAAAGGAAAUAAGGGUGCGGACGUCAAGAUGACGUCAGCGCCCGGUGAACGCGAAUUGGGUGGAAACAUAGUUCUACCCGGCUAUUCUUUCGUAAGCGAUUACAGACGAUUUAAUUAAUCAAAUUAAGAUCUGUGAAAGUCGGAAGAAUCGUAAUUAAACAAAGUAUAUUUUGAUAAAUUAAAAACACAAAAAUUAAUCACUAAAUGAAGCGUAAAGUAAGUUUGAAAGCAGGAAAAUAGAGUUCCGACGUCGCGACAACGAUGCGUUGGCGAUGCACUGGAAUCUUGAGCGUUCGGGAGGAUCGUCGUGUAGUGUCCACGGCCUCGAAGGCUCUCUUUGGACAAAGACGACGUGGGCAAUCUCUAGAUCUUCUCGCGAAGUCUAAAAAUUAAUGAAAUGGGUCGCCGAGUCGUCUCUGGUGGCUGUCACCCGGCGGAGCGGAAAAACGGCGACUUUGCGGCUCUCCGGCGACUGUCACCUGACGGAGAGGAGCUGGAUGGAGGUGGGGCGCGUGUCAGGGAGCUUCAUCCUCAGGUCCGCGCAGCAAGAGGAGGCUCUUCAUCGCAUCUGGUACGCUCUCAGGAGGUGGCGACUCGUCUCCCGGCGGAUCGUCCUCUUCCCGAUGACGGCUUGUUCGUCAAUCAAUCGGAGAUGA